UGCGCAGCACAUCGCUACAGUAGUUUGUAUAUUAUAAUACAAAGACAAUGUUUACGUGAAGCGAAGUUACAGUGCGGCUAUCAACAUUGCACAUUCUACUUAAAUAUUGAAUCUACAAAAUAGGUGUCUUUAUAUAGAAAUAUGGAACAAGUGAAACAAAAGAAACAAUUCAGAGAAACUAAACAACUACAACCAUUUCCAGUGGACAAAUAUAAUACUCUGCUUUCCAUGCUUGGGGAGGUAUUUGGACAAUGUAAUGUUACGUGGCGUGCGAGUGAAUCGCUGAAAAGAAAAGCCGUAGAAAAGAUGCAACGCGCGAGGUGGAAGGUAGUAGAGGAGAGUGCAUCCGAGAGAGCUGGCGAACGAAGGAAUGAAGAAACGGCGGUGCGUACCAUGGGAAAGACGAGAGGGAAAGACGAAGGGGAUAGGACUACUGGACGGAGGUUAGGGUCAGUAACAGCAUGCUGGACGAAAGGGUUGAAGGCGUCAGGACGAAUCAGCUCGGAGGCUUCCAUAACUGGACCCCCAACAAAUUCUACUAUUGGAACAACUGGAACUAGUGUUGUGACUCCUAGUUCUUUAGGACAUGUUCCUAUACAACAAACACACACUCCUCCUCAACCUCCUGAACUGCCAAAUAAAAUGGAACAACCAGAACAAAACAAACAAUUCAGAGAAUUGAAACAACUACAACAACCAGUUCCAGUGGAAAAAUUUGACAAUCUUCUUACUGUACUUGGGGAGGUACGUGGAUAUGGACAUUGUAAUGCUCCCACAGCUGGGCCCUCAACCAGUGCUUCUGUUGGAACAGCUGGAGCAACUGGGAGCAGUGUUGUUGUGGCUCCUAGUUCUUUAGGACUUGUUCCUACACAACAAACACACACUCCUCCUCAACCUCCUGAACUGCCAAUGUUUUCAUGUCCUCGGAGGCCAGAUAUAGGACGUGAAGGCAGACCAAUCAGUUUAAGAGCCAAUCACUUCCAAAUUACAAUGCCACGUGGUUAUGUGCAUCAUUAUGAUAUUAACAUUCAACCUGAUAAAUGUCCCCGUAAAGUUAAUAGAGAAAUUAUAGAAACAAUGGUUCACGCGUAUAGUAAAAUAUUUGGAACUCUUAAGCCUGUGUUUGAUGGCAGAAAUAAUUUAUAUACAAGGGAUCCCUUACCUAUUGGUUCUGACAAAAUAGAAUUAGAGGUAACACUACCUGGUGAAGGUAAAGACAGAGUUUUUAGAGUGGUGAUGAAAUGGUUAGCUCAAGUUUCACUGUUUGCUUUAGAAGAAGCUCUAGAAGGACGUACAAGACAAAUUCCAUAUGAUGCUAUACUUGCUUUAGAUGUUGUAAUGAGGCAUUUACCAUCUAUGACAUAUACACCAGUAGGUAGAUCAUUUUUUAGUACGCCGGAUGGGUAUUAUCAUCCAUUAGGUGGUGGCAGAGAAGUUUGGUUUGGUUUUCAUCAGUCUGUUAGACCAUCACAGUGGAAAAUGAUGUUGAAUAUUGAUGUCUCUGCAACUGCAUUUUACAAAGCACAACCUGUCAUAGAAUUUAUGUGUGAAGUAUUAGAUAUUCGAGACAUAAACGAACAAAAGAAGCCCCUUACCGAUUCUCAACGAGUUAAAUUUACCAAAGAAAUUAAAGGACUUAAAAUUGAAAUCACGCACUGCGGAACAAUGAGACGAAAGUAUAGAGUAUGUAAUGUUACACGCAAACCUGCUCAGAUGCAAUCAUUUCCGUUACAAUUGGAAAAUGGACAAACAGUUGAGUGCACUGUUGCAAAAUACUUUUUAGACAAAUAUAAAAUGAAAUUGCGAUAUCCACAUCUUCCUUGUCUACAAGUCGGACAGGAACAUAAACAUACAUAUUUACCUCUUGAGGUCUGUAACAUUGUCGCUGGACAACGUUGCAUCAAGAAAUUGACUGACAUGCAGACAUCCACUAUGAUAAAAGCUACAGCCCGUUCUGCUCCAGAUCGCGAACGAGAAAUAAACAACCUAGUUAGAAGAGCCGAUUUUAAUAACGAUUCAUAUGUUCAAGAAUUUGGCCUGACAAUAUCAAACAAUAUGGUGGAAGUACGGGGACGUAUUCUAGCUCCGCCCAAGCUACAAUACGGAGGGCGCGUAAGUUCCCUCAGUGGACAGACAAAGCAGCAGGCCUUGCCUACUCAAGGUGUUUGGGACAUGCGUGGCAAACAAUUCUUCACGGGUGUGGAAAUCAGAGUUUGGGCAAUUGCUUGUUUCGCACCACAAAGAACUGUACGUGACGACGCAAUACGAUUAUUUAUAGCACAAUUGCAAAGAAUAAGCAAUGAUGCCGGAAUGCCAAUUAUUGGGCAACCGUGUUUCUGUAAAUAUGCUACUGGGCCAGAUCAAGUAGAACCCAUGUUUAAAUAUUUAAAAAUGACAUUUGCAUCGUUGCAACUUGUGUGUGUUAUAUUGCCCGGAAAAACUCCUGUAUAUGCUGAAGUCAAAAGAGUCGGAGAUACGUUACUGGGCAUGGCAACGCAAUGUGUGCAGGCGAAAAAUGUUAAUAAAACGUCGCCACAAACGUUGUCCAAUUUAUGCCUGAAAAUUAAUGUAAAGUUAGGUGGCAUUAAUAAUAUUUUAGUACCCAGUAUUAGACCAAAGGUGUUUGACGAACCCGUCAUAUUCUUUGGUGCUGAUGUAACUCAUCCGCCUGCUGGAGAUAAUAAAAAACCUAGCAUAGCCGCAGUGGUUGCUAGUAUGGAUGCUCAUCCGUCUCGAUAUGCAGCUACUGUCAGAGUUCAACAACAUAGACAAGAGAUUAUUCAAGAACUUAGUUCAAUGGUGAUGGAACUUCUCUGUAGGUUUUAUAAAAGCACUGGGGGAUAUAAACCGCACAGAAUAAUUCUUUAUCGUGAUGGUGUCUCAGAAGGCCAGUUCCUGCACGUUUUGCAGCACGAGUUAACUGCCAUUCGUGAAGCAUGCAUGAAACUAGAAGAUGAUUAUAAACCUGGGGUAACAUUUAUUGUAGUACAGAAAAGACACCAUACACGAUUGUUUUGUUCCGAUAAGAAAGAACAAAGUGGAAGAAGUGGAAACAUACCAGCUGGUACAACAGUUGAUAUUUGUAUAACGCAUCCAACCGAAUUUGACUUUUAUCUUUGUAGCCAUCAAGGCAUCCAGGGCACUUCGCGACCGUCACAUUAUCACGUACUUUGGGAUGAUAAUCAUUUUGAAAGCGAUGAAUUACAGUCUCUUACGUAUCAACUGUGUCACACGUAUGUUAGGUGCACAAGAUCCGUUAGUAUACCUGCACCAGCGUAUUAUGCUCAUCUCGUAGCAUUCCGAGCCAGAUAUCAUUUGGUAGAAAAAGAGCAUGAUAGUGGGGAAGGAUCUCAUCAAUCUGGCUGCAGCGAAGACAGAACACCAGGUGCAAUGGCAAGAGCUAUCACAGUUCAUGCGAACACAAAGCGGGUUAUGUACUUUGCAUAAUUUUUCUUCUUUGAAUCUUUCUCAUACACAUGUAACUAUAUAAUAUCAUAAAAUUAUAAUCACCAUAUCUUGCAUGUGGAUAUUUCUAGACUGCUUAAAUGCUAGAGAAUUAAUCUUCUUACGUGGCCAAUUUUUUUGCUUAUUUAAAUAAGUCUGCCCAAUAUCUGAAAUGUGUCGAACAAUCUUAUAUCGAAUUAUAUCUUUUUCUUUUUUUUUUUCUCUUUUUUUUUCUUAGUAUUCUAUUUAACAUAUCGACUAGGUUUUAGACGGACUUUCUAAACAUUUUAGGAAGUAGGUUUUAAAAGAGGUGCUUUUAGUUAAUCAUGUUUUCGAUUAGAUUAUGACGUACACAGCUUGACUGAUGGAUCGUUUUGCGUUAGGGACUAAAUGAACGAGGAUAAUAGAACAAACAAAUCAGCUGUCGUGCAUAUUACGCUUAUUUUAUUUUUAGAGGUUGAAUUUUGUAGGAUACAAAAUAGUACUCUAGCAUUUAUAGGGUACAAAAACACACUGUUGCAUGAAUUCAUAAUUGUAUAAAUCGCUUUUCACGAGAUUGUUAUCUCGUUUAUGCGUAAUUAUCGUAUUGUGUGGGAUGAAUCAACUAUUUUUUGUAAAAAGACUAGACGUACGGAGUCACGCGUUGAUGAAGAAAAAAAAAAGAAAUUGGCAUGCACUAUUAUCAUGCCCCCAAGCAUAUUUACGAUUAUGCUCAUACGAUUCUCUAUAAAUAUAUUUAUGACACCUAUUAUAUUUAUCUUAAGCAUUAAAAAAAUUGGUCACGUUAAGUAAUGAAAUGUUGAUAGGGAGAUGAAAAUAAAUAAAAGGUUUGUUAUUUGUCAAAGUCUUCAAGCCAAUGGCCAAAAUAAGUUAGGAAUUUAUCAUAAUAAAAUCCAAAUACCAAGUUGAUUAAACACAGUGUUAUAUAAUAUCAUAAGAGUUGUAAACAACAUUGUGCCACAUUGGCUGGAAUAAUAUCUUUUAUUUUUGAGUUUCGUCUAAAUCUAAUGUCAUUUGUUGGGAUUGUUUAAGAUACUUAGAACAUUGAUUUGAACAGAGGAUAGUAAAUUGGGAUAUUUUCGCAUAAUUACUAACGAUUGGGAAUAACGCGUAUAAUGAAGAGUUAUUGUAUCCAGAAGUUUAUAUGGCGAAAUACGAUAUCACUGAAUCAUUAUUACGCGGAAUGAAAACCGAGGUUUUGUAUUAUAUUUGUUUUAGCUUUAUUUACAUUGUUCUCUGCGUGUGGCAUCGAAAUCAUUGUACGCUUAUGUCUGAAAAGAUAAGACACAGCUUAAACCGGGGUAGCAAUUUAUUCAUAUCAAUUUCACAUUGUUGUAAACAUUCGGAGGGGGGCACGAACGGGUAUCUUUUUUGCGGUGUGUACGACAAUGGAGCGAUAUCUGUUCAAAGAAACAAAAAAAAAAAAGUUGUCCUUAAGUUAAACCUACAUGGCAUUAGAUUUGGGCUAAUGACAAAGUCCCAACAAUGCAAAAAACGAUUUGAGUAAAAGUAGGGUAAGGAUAAUUUAGUGAUUGCAAACUAGAUGACAAAUAUAAUGUGGAAUUAUAUACGGAAUUAUAUAAUGUGAAAUCAUAGGAUAAGUUAUAUUUGUCGUAUAACGCAAAUUUUAAAGUCAUCAAAUUUUUAUUUUAAUGAAUUCUUCAGUAAUGAUUCGUGCGCAAAUAGAAUCUAUUUACAUGGAACAAUAAUCUUAAUCACAAUAACUGAGCCUCACAAUUAAGAGCCUUACAAGCGACUACUACAUCGUAGAGCCAAUAGAUAGGGUAAUGAAAUGUAUAAAUAUGUAUUGAAUACCGUGCGCGGGAAAUCGUUUGCUGUGUAUUAGAAUCAUUAAUACACUGGCGAAGUUUCAGGCGAUCUCGUUGUUUUAAACGUAAUCAUUUCAACAAUUACAAUAUUAUUUAAUUUCUUUUCAUACAAUAGUAUUAAUAACAAGACAAAGAUCAUAAGAAACCAGAAAGUAUCAUAGAUCAUGAAUAAUCGUUAUCGACUGUGUUGAUGGGGUAUUAAAAAUUUUCCUUAAAUUAUAAAAGUUCUUAAAAUACAUGCAAUAAAAUUUGAUGGUUAUUGCGAGCUGUGACACAUGGAAUGUAUAAAAUAUUGUGUAUUAAUGAUUCUAAUUGUAGAUUUAUAAGUACUAAAAUGUUAAUAUUAUCGCGGAAAGUAUGAAAAGGACCCUCAUAUACCAGUAAUUAAUAUUUAUUCUAGUUGUAAAUUUAAGUCUGUAAUUUAGAGACCCACUUACAGUUACAUAACGCUUAUUAAUAACAUUUAAUAUCUACUUUCUAACUUCGUGAAAAAUUAGGUAAUUUACUAAUUAUUAUUUGAACGUGAGUAAAGUUUGGAGCAUAAUCUGUGGUCGUUCGCAACGAUAGCUCAACGGUUAAAUUAAUUCCAAAUAACAGAAGGCAGCAGAUAAACGAGCACAGAUAUUGACGGUGGUAUAAGAAAGUAAAGAAUUGCAAGUUACGAUCAACGUGGGGUGGAAAAGUUUAUUAUUUGUGUUGUUGAGGGGGUAUAAAGGAACCAAAAUGUCCGAAUGUGAAGAGUUUAAUUGUUAGUAAUUAAGAAUCAAUUCCAUUCAUAAUGAGGCCAUACAGAUGUAAUAGUGUUUAAGUAAACCCAUACGCUGCAAAUAGCCUGCAGUCUAUGUGUAAUCGGUGCGCAAGUAAAUACCAAAAUUGAAAAUAUUAUCGAGUAACUAGGAAGUCAAAGAUAAGCUUGAAGUUUUAAUUACAUUUUACUGUAUGUCUUUCUGUAUCUUAAAAUUAAGCAGUCGCUCCGACGAGACUUAUUUCGGAGAUCUGCGAUAGUACUUGAUAUUUUCCUGCGCCCGAUCAAGGAACUGACCUCCAUUUGUAAAUAUACUUCAGUAACUUAUCUAUAAAUCAUUUCCCCCAUUUAGUAAUUAACGUACGAUGGGCAAAGAAUGGAAUCUUACAAAGAUUUUUGUAAUUUUUAAUUCGACGCAAUGAAUUGAGGUAUUAGUUGUAUAUUGUUUAAAAAUCUUUUUAAUCUGGUGCGACAGAUGGCAUUAAAAGAAAGCAAUUGAAUAUUAAAUGUUGAUAUACACAGAAACGCAAACUAAACUUGUACCUAAUACGUUUAAAGAAAAAAAAGGAAAAAAAAAAAAAGGAAAAUAAUAAGACAACUUAACUGUCAAGGAAACGGGUUUAUGAAAUGAACUUAGUGUGUAAUAAAAUAACCGAGUCUAUUCACAAAACACAAGAGUUUUCUUCCUACCACGUGUCCCAGAUAUUUUAAAAUAAGGCAAAUAAUUUAUAUUUGUAUAUCAGAUAUAUAUUAUAUAUAUGUGAAAAUUUACUGUAUUGCAUUUGUUAACAAAUGCCGCGUGCAAAACAUACAUAUGAAUUAUACAAUUCCAGAAUUAAGGUAACGACAAACAUCUUUGUAUUUGGAAGAGCGUCUUAGAUUACGUCUUAAUUGUAUUUUGCAUGUGAUCGAUUUUCGUAAUUAGUAAGCCGUUUUUAUUUUUAAACAACGUUUUUGUUCCCGCGAGACCCAUAAUUGUCAAUGAUUUUUAAAUGGUGUCCAUCGAUAAGCUACUACACAUACAGAUUAAUCGAAUUAAGUUCGAUGCGUAACGAUAAUUGUUAAAGCUAUUGAAUGUCUACUAAAUUAUUUCACAGUAUAAGUAUUAAUUGAUCAAUAAUUUCAUUGUAAUACGAUGCGUGCACAAAAUUGUAUAGGGGAGUGGCGAUCUUUUUUCUUUAGUAUUCGUAAGUGACUCGUAAAGCGCCACCAAAGCCUUGACGUUGCGAUAUUAUGAGUUUUAAAAAAAAUUCUACUUAGGUUUAUCCUAAAAGAAAAAAAAAAAGUAAAGCGUGUUAAUGAGAUUAGCACUAUGUUUAGAUGUUAGAGGAUAAUGGUCAACUUCUAGGAAAUGCAAACAAUUGUUUUGAAAACAACAAGGUUCUGAAUGAAUCGGACAUGUUUGAAUACCUAACGAAUACGUGAAAUAGAUGUAAUAGUUUCGUAUAGUAUACAAAAGAA